GUCGUCUGGCCGUCAAAAGAAGCGUGAUUUGUUGAAGGCAAUUAAUUUUGCUCAAUUUACCUAGGUCUCAAGGCGUGCGGAGUGCAGUAGCACCAAGUCUCCGCAUACUCAACCUCCUUCGCAACACUUCUCUACAACUAUCUCCAGUGUAUACCAUCCUCAGCAGUGGCAUAACAAAACAAACAAACAAACAAACAAAAAGAGAAAGAAAGAAAGAAAAGAAAUGGCACACACAAAAGACCAAAAAGGAAACGACCCGGAACCACCCUACAUAUCAAUCUCCCACAAGAAACAAUCCCAGCUCAACGACGCCCUCUAUCUCCAUUCAUCAUGGAAGGACAAACUCCAACUUCCUCCGCAGACCCUCCCACCUGGUAUGCAUCUGUCGAUUCCAGACUCGGUCUUUCACGCGAGCGCCAAGCUGCAUGGUCGAGUGUCCGUGAUCGAUGUGCCCCGGACGUGUGGAUUGCUGAGUUCUCGAGAGUUAGAAAUUACAGAGAAAUGGGACGUGAAGGGAUUACUGGAUGUGAUGAAACGGGGGGAAUUGAAGGUUGAGGAGGUCGUAACGUCUUUUUUGAAGCGAGCAACAAUCAUCCACCAACUCACCCGUUGUCUAACGGAGCCUCUCUUCCACAGCGCCCUCCAACGCGCAAAGGAACUAGAUGACCAUUUCCAACGUACCGGAACCACCGUGGGACCUCUACAUGGCCUCCCCGUGUCAGUCAAGGACACGUUCAACGUCAAAGGCGUCGACUCCAGCAUCGGCAUUGCCGCAUUGGCAUUCCGUCCUGCCACGGAGAACGCAGCACUGGUCGACCUGCUCACAUUUCUGGGCGCGGUGGUGAUUGCCAAAACCAACGUCCCGCAAACGCUCGGCGCACUAGACAGCUGCAACCACCUAUUCGGGCGGACGCUGAACCCGCUGGAUCAUCGGCUCACCGCCGGUGGAAGUACCGGCGGCGAAGGGGUUCUGAUCUCCAUGCGCGGUUCCAUGGUAGGUUUCGGCACGGAUAUCGGUGGGAGUAUUCGCAUUCCCGCCAUGUGCAAUGGGAUAUACGGGUUUAAGCCUAGCGCGGGACGUGUUCCGUUCGGCGGGCAAGAGGAUGGCCAGGCGCCUGGGAAGAGUAGGAUGGCAUUACAAGCUGUUGCGGGACCGUUGGCUCGAUCCGUGGAUGACCUGGGUGCUGUUCUGCAGGAGAUCGUUCCCCGGGCUGAACUGUUCGGCGAGGAUUGCAUCCCUGGUCGCUGGGAGAGUGAGACGACGGCAUCCCAACCUGGAAGUGAACAUAAAAACUUCACCGUUGGUAUCCUUCGCUCCGACGGCCUCAUUGAACCCUUACCACCCAUCGCCAAAAUCCUAGACGAGGUAGCCCAUAUUCUUCGGCGAACUCCGGGUAUCGAUGUGAUCGACCUCCCCUCACCACCGGCACUAGCCAAAUGCCAGUCCCUGGCAGGUAAACUGAUGGGCGUUGACGAUGGCUCGACUAUGUCAAAUCUCCUCCAAGCCACGGGGGAACCGUUAACCCCCUGGCUGCGAGGAAGGAUGAGUCUGAAGCCCCGGAAACCGUUGACGGUGGCACAGCUCGCAGCUCUGCAAGCUCAGAGAACAGCCGUGGAGAAGGAGAUGCUCAAGAUGUGGUGCUAUGAACCCUCUAACUCUAACAUAGGGAAUGGCUCAAGGAGGAGGAUCGAUGCCGUUAUCCUCCCCGUGGCACCGCACCCCGUUCCAGAAAUCGACCGGUACAAUGCAGUCGGGUACACGUCCAGUUUCGUUCUUCUCGACUACCCAUCCGGCGUGAUUCCCGUGCGGAGAUUCGGGGAAUCGGAUCUGGAGCUGGGCAAGGAGAUGGUGACUCCUACUAUUGGGAGCUGGGAUAAGGCUAAUAGGGAGUUGUGGAAUGAAAAAUCAGUAGACCGCAGGGUCUACCUCGAUUCUCCACUCAGUAUCCAGGUUGUCACGCCGAAGUUGCACGAUUAUGAUCUCUUUCGGUCAAUGCGAAUCAUUGACCGAGCCAUACGGGAUCAUCAAGCGUUGGAUCUGAAGAAGCCAACGAGUGCGAAGCUGUGAACGGUAUAAUCAUAAUCAUGUUUGCCGAGAGGAAUGAAACGGCCGCGGUACUUGUUGGCAGUUGCUCCUUGUUUGCAUGGAUGUAUUAAAAAAGGGGGGAGUGAUUCCAUAUGCAUAGUCCUCUAUGGUUGUAACAGACGCAAUUGGAAGACAGUUCGAGGUAGAGGGCUCUUAUAUUAGACAAUAAUGUACCACCCCAAGGGGCCAUCUCUGUGUUCCUUUACUCGCCAGAGCGUGAAAUUUAGUAAUUAGUUAACAUUCAGAGGAACAACAAAAAUACGCAUAUUUCAUAUAAAUAUAACAAUAUCAUCAUCAUAACAGUCGUUACAACAUUAAUACUAAAAAAUACUGGUCAAACAUUACGACUCCGCCAAAGAGCAAACCCCUUCCGGAGCCCAUCAAGACGCGGAGUAUCGGCCGUAGAAACAGGCAAUAGACUAGGAUUAAAGUCACAACUGGAACAGGAAUGCGAAUGCGAACUGCCCAGGAAACCAGCAUCGAUGGGUCCUUUUUCCAUUCUUCUAUGUCCCCUCCAGGAUCUUGUGGAGGUAAAUUCAACUUCCGAGGGCUGUGGGCCUGUCCCUGUUGUCGAGGCGGACGAAGAAGAAAGGCCAUGGAAGUGCUGGUGAGGUAUAUCUUUCUGUCGUCCGCGAGUCGUCCAUUUCCAAAGCCGUCUGAUGCCUUGUUGGAAACCAAGGCCAAUAUCGUCGAUUGUAAGAGCGAGGAUGAUAAGUGGAAUAGAAAUGGCAAAGCCAACGCCGAAGGUGUACUUUGCCACGUAUGACAGAUGAAGGUCCUGGGAGCCAUCAGACGCAUGGGGAAACUCGGAAAUAUUAACUGUGAAAAUGGACAUGAUAAAAGAUAGAGGAAGGAAGAUUAUGGUGACGAUGGUAAACAUCAUAAUCGUCUUUCCCUGGCGUGUGGUAUCGACGGCUUGAUCGCGAGCAAACCGUGCCUCCAGGGCAUUGGCAUAUUUCUGUUUAAGAUCGAGCAAAUCCGUUAUGCUGGAAUAAAUCCGCUCAGCUUGCUUGUCCAUCCGGUCGAUGUCUUUCAGAUGCAUAUCGAUCGUUCGCUGCUGAUCCUUAAACCUUUUCUUGGAUUCAUACUGCAAGCGAUGACGGCCGUAGUAGAUCUCCGACAGGACUUCCUGGAAGUCGGCUAGGACAUGCUGUUGGUGCUGAAGUACUGUGCGAAUCAUGUUAAGCUCAUCACGGAUGUCCCUUGCUUCGGCAAGAAGAUUCGUCUCAUGGCCAAUGUCUAGCAGUUUGUCAAUGAAUCGGGGCUGGCCGUCUUCCUCUUGGAGAAGCCAUUUCAUCCCGUUCUCGUCCGUGUACCUCAGCCGACGUGGUCCUAGUCGACCACCGGUCCUGUGAUGGGACUUGAGCCAAUACGACGCUUGUACUGACGCCGCAUUGAAUACCUCAAACAGCUUUGUCUCGCGGUCGGUGGCAGUCCCGAUCGAAGACUCAAACAUGUCCAGGAAUUGAUACUCCUCGUCACCCAUCCGAUGACGGUCAAAGAUUCCCGAGCAGCGGUUUGUAAUGACCGUGGCAAGUUCAUGAACAGACUGAACUCGCUCCCUCGUCUUGGAGUUGAUAUCUUCAAUGAUUCCGUCCAGUACAUUCAGCGGAUCAUUCUUGGGUUGAUCCCACCGCUGCGGGAAGCUCGUCACAAUGAGGUUCUUGCCCAGGAUCCACAUCCACAGCUGGUCGACCAUAAAGAUCUUGGGAUCUUUCGCGUACCACUGGCUUCCCUGAUUUUGGGUCUGGUAGCGGUAUACCACCUGGUCUUGAUCACGGCUCUGUGUAUCAAUGUUGGGAUAAAAGAAUUGGUCCAGCGUCCGUCGUACAUGGAGCGAUAUCGUUGAAGAAGCAAGGUGCGCCCUGAUCAGCAUCUCGUCUCGCGUACGACAUACCGGCUUUCUACCAGGGUCCAUGCUAAAUAGGGUGGCCGCUUGAAUUGCCUGUUGCAUUUUCCGUCGUCUCUCCGCCGACUCAAAAUGUAGAUAUGGCAUGAAGAGGCAGACAUUACAGGUCUGCAAGUCGCCAGUAUUAUCCUUGGGUGAGAAACCCGGUGGCGGAUACCGAUCAUCAGCAGUGGAUGGCUUAGUUUGAGACUCGGACAGUCGCGGUGUCCCUGGACCACCUUUGGACUUGCCAUGCUUUUGGGCACUCUUUCC